UUAAUCAGAAAGUUUGGUUUACUAUAUUGUUUGUUAUUAUUAUUUUUUUUUAAAUGCGACAUUUUGUUUUUGUAAUUGUAAUUUAAGAACAAUAUUUAUAAAAUAAGGAAUCAGUUUUUAACUAAUCAUUAUAGUUUAUACAACAAUUUUAAAUGGCAAAGAGUCCAGUUGUGACAGGUAUAUCUCCAAAAGAAGGACCGCCGGGAACAAGGGUGACUAUUCGAGGAGAAAACUUGGGAAAUUCUCCAAAUGAUUUAUUAGGGUUAAAAAUUUGUGAUUGCGAGUGUCUGUUAUCGGCUGAAUGGAAGUCUCCAAAUAAGAUAAUCGCUCGCUCGGGUCCUGGCAAGGGCCGUGGAGAUAUAUUUGUUUCUACAAGAUCCGGUGGGGUUGGCACGAGCACUGUGCAAUUCCGAGGCUAUCAUGAGACAAUUGGACCUCUUAAAGAAAGUGCAGUUUGGGUAGAAGAAGCACCUCUUAACUGGGGCCGACAGAACAGUUCAGCUACAAUUUUCCAACUGGAUGAUCCUUUAGGACUGUCGGUCGAAGGAGACGAAAAAUUUCCUGAAAAUGAAUUGACAGAGUUAUUUCCAGAUGGGUCUGGAGAUUUGCUAUCUGAAAAUUUUGAACCUGCAUGGUUUUUACUGGAAAACCACCAUGGGACAUCUUUUGAUGAUUUACGAGUGGGAUUAUCAUACCUAAAGAGGAAAGUAGAUUCCCAAAAUGAAGGACAGCUAUCUUUUUUGAAAGAUAAUGUAGGAUCUGUGAUGGAACAACUAGAUACAUUGUUUUCAUUGAAACAAAGUUACGAAGCCGAUAUUGAUCAAAAUAAUAAAACAUUAUUGAGAGUAGAACAAGCUAUUAACCAAUCGUUAGAGGAAGCAACAAAUUUAUUUCAUGGAGUUUUAACUAGAAGAGAAAAGGCCGAAGCAACUAGAAAUGCAUUGGCGGUAAUGACGAGAUAUAAGUUUUUGUUUCAGUUGCCAAUUAAUAUUGAUAGAAAUAUUAAAAAUGAAGAUGUUGAUGUUAUAAUUAAUGAUUAUGCUAGAGCUCUAAACCUGUUUGGGAAAACUGAAGUUCCUGUUUUCAAGAAAAUAUUAGAGGAAGUUGAAACAAAAAUUAAAAACUUAAGAACUAAUUUGAGAUUAAAACUUCAUGAAAUGCCAACAACAUUAAAACAGCAGAAAAAAAUAAUUAGAAACUUGGUUGCCUUAAAUGACAUGAGUGAUCCUGGCUGGGAAGCAAUUACAUACAUGAAACAAUUUAUUGUUGAUAAAAUAAAGGCUUGCUAUCAACAAUUCAUAUCUGAUGAACACUUUAAUGAAACCCCUAAUAAAGGAAAUAGACACCCGCAAAAUAAACACAAAAGAAAUAUUAGCUUGUCUCAGCAAAAUGAAUCUCAGAACACUGAACCGAAGAAAAUAAUUUGUGUCGAUCAAAUUGCCACUAUUAUCUCAAACUACUUUCCAGAUUUGUGGAAACUUGGUCAAAAUUAUUUUGUUGGUGAUUUAGCAGUAAAACCAGAUUUUAGCCAUGAAUUUGAUUUUAAAGAAAUGAUUUUAGAUGUAAUUGUAACAGUCUCUGAUAUAUACCGAACAAUAAUGUUGCCCACGAGUUCAACAAACUCAUUUUCUCCUGUGCCUACAAUCUGGUUGCCACAUUGUCUAAAACAAAUAAGAUCAGUGUAUACAGUAUUAAUGUCAUUGGAUCUGCCAAAUGAAGCAUUGAAUAAAAUUUCAACUAUUAUAUUUGAUUUAAGAGUGCACUGUUUAAAUAUUUUAUUUAAACAAGCUUCUGAGCAAAUAAUAAAAUUGAAAACUACAGAAAUUUGGAAAUUGGAUUUUUAUUCAAAACAAGGAACAAUCUCACAAUUGCCUGGAGAAUUUUACAAUAUUUUAAUUGAAACAAUGAAAUCGGCCAAAGAGUAUGUUAUCUGCGAUGAACGUAGAGAAAUAGCUAUUGCAGAUAAUGAAACUGCCAAAAAUGAAUUUCAACUAUUGGUUCACAAGUGUUUUUGGAACUUUUCACAAAUAUUGGAACAAAUUGGUUUAAAUGUUGAAACAAAUUGUUCAUCUACGACAAUCAUGUCUUUAAGUGGAUCGUCAAUAUCAGGGUUCAAGCUACAAAAUGAAAUGGCAUGGGAACAAAAACUUUUAGUAACAAUCAGUAAUAGUCAAUAUACAAGGAAAAUAUUGUUACCUAAAUUUAAAAAAGAAUUUGAAAAUAAUGGAUUUCCGACAAUAGACGUUGUCGUGACUCGGGCAACAGAACUACUCGAUAAUACUGAAAAUAAACUUUUAGAUUCAUACAUUGAAACCAAAAGUGAUCCUUUAGUAGGUACUAUUGAGCCAUCAAUGUAUACAGGCAGUUUUGAAUGGGAUUCGCCUUCACUCUUAGCUCCUACAGAUUUACGGCCUUAUGCAAAGGAAAUAAUAACCAACUUAAUAGGCCUACACGCUGAAAUCCAAACAAUUGUGCCAGCUUUGAUGUAUGGAGUAUUGUCUGCAAUUGUAGUUACAGUUUCAGAGGAAAUGUCUCGUCUCAUGAACUGUGUUACUCAUUUUAGUGACAAUGGAGCAAUGCAAGCUAGAUUGGAUUUGAUGGCAUUAACUUUCACAUUGUCAAAUUAUUUCACACCAAAUUCAAAGGAUUUUUUUAGUGAUGCGAUGGAUGCAAUACCACCAUUCAAAACUAAAGAAAAUGAAAUGUAUGUGAAUAAAUGUUUAGAACAGUUUAAAAAUCGAAUGCACCUACAAAUUUUGUGCUUCUUAACAUCUUGUCAUUAUGACCAAGAAACUAGCAUAAUGUAAUAUUUCUAAAUUAUUUAAAAAAAAUAAAAAUCUAUAGGCAGUGCAAUUAAUUUUAAGAAUUAAAAUUACUUUUUUAUUUACAUGUUACACUUUAUAUUAGUAAAAUAUAUUUAUUUAUUUAUAACUUAUAUCUUAAAUUAAAAAAGAAAAUUUGUUAAUUUUUAAACAUGUUAGUAA